CCGGGGUGCGGGGAGGGCGAGGCGAGCGCUGUCAGCGCGAUUAUAAGGGAGUGAAAAGUUGCCGGCAGACAGCCCGGCGCACGCUCGUACGGCGGCCGCAGCGGCAGGGCGGGGCCGCGGAGCAGCGGGUGGUGGCGGAGGAGGUCUUUGAACGCGGCCUCGCUCCUCAAGAGGUCUCGUUCGGCGAGGUCCCGGCUUCGCGAGGACUUUUGCACGCAGCCAUGGGCGGCGUCGGGGAGCCCGGAGGGGGACCUGCGCAGCUGGGGGCGACGCUGCCCACCUUCCGCUGGGAGCAGAUCCGCCCGCACAACCUGCCAGGCGACAAGUGGCUGGUCAUCGAGCGUCGCGUCUACGACAUCAGCCGCUGGGCACAGCGGCACCCGGGGGGCAGCCGCCUCAUCGGCCACCACGGCGCCGAGGACGCCACGGAUGCCUUCCACGCCUUCCACCAGGACCUCAAUUUUGUGCGCAAGUUCCUGCAGCCCCUGCUGAUUGGAGAGCUGGCCCCGGAGGAGCCCAGCCAGGAUGGACCCCAGAAUGCCCAGCUGAUCGAGGAUUUCCGAGCCCUGCGCCAGGCGGUCGAGGACAUGAAGCUGUUUGAGGCCAAGCCCACGUUCUUCGCUUUCCUGCUGGGCCACAUCCUGGCCAUGGAGAUGCUCGCCUGGCUCGUCAUCUACCUCCUUGGCCCCGGCUGGGUGCCCAGCACCCUGGCCGCCCUCAUCCUGGCCGUCUCCCAGGCCCAGAGCUGGUGUCUGCAGCACGAUCUGGGCCACACCUCCAUCUUCAGGAAGUCCCGGUGGAACCACGUGGCCCAGCAGUUUGUGAUGGGGCAGCUGAAGGGCUUCUCUGCCCACUGGUGGAACUUCCGCCACUUCCAGCACCACGCCAAGCCCAACAUCUUCCACAAGGACCCGGAUGUGACCGUGGCGCCCGUCUUCCUUCUGGGGGAGUCGUCUGUCGAGUACGGCAAGAAGAAGCGCAGAUACUUACCCUACAACCACCAGCACCUGUACUUCUUCCUGAUCGGCCCGCCGCUGCUCACCCUGGUGAACUUCGAGGUGGAAAACCUGGCGUACAUGCUGGUGUGCAUGCAGUGGAUGGACUUGCUCUGGGCCGCCAGCUUCUACGCCCGCUUCCUCUUUUCCUACAUUCCCUUCUACGGUGUUCCUGGGGCGCUGUUCCUCUUUGUGGCUGUCAGGGUCCUGGAGAGCCACUGGUUCGUGUGGAUCACCCAGAUGAACCAUAUCCCCAAGGAGAUCGGCCACGAGAAGCACCGGGACUGGGCCAGCUCUCAGCUGGCGGCCACCUGCAACGUGGAGCCCUCUGUCUUCCUUGACUGGUUCAGCGGACACCUCAACUUCCAGAUUGAGCACCACCUCUUCCCCACGAUGCCGAGGCACAACUACCGCAGGGUGGCCCCGCUGGUCAAGGCCCUGUGCGCCAAGCAUGGCCUCAGCUACGAGGUGAAGCCCUUCCUCACCGCCCUGGUGGACAUCAUCGGGUCCCUGAAGAAGUCUGGCAACAUGUGGCUGGAAGCCUACCUCCACCAGUGAAGGCAGCGGCACCCAGGGCCCCAGCGCCACCCAGCCACCCAGCCGGGCUCCCCCACCUGCCCCCACCUUGCCCUGCCUCAGCCUGAGGACCCUGCCCGCCGUCCUGGGCCCCCUCCCCGCCUGCUCCACGCCCCUCAGGCCAUGGCUCUAGACCCCACGGGACCAGGGCUGGGGGCACGGUAUAUAAAACCACACGGUGAGCAUGGCAUGUUUUCCUAGCGCAAAAAUUUAGGGAAAAAGGUUAUUUUUAUAUAAAAACAAACCCAGAUAUAUUACGGAGUAGAGUAUUG